AUGCCCUCUCACUCCCCUUCUCCGCCCAUAGCGAGGGUGCUCUUGGUGGCAAUCCUCUUCGCCUUCGCCUUCCUCGUCUCGGCAUCAGUCUCCUCAAACACUACUACGGAACCGUCUCUCGAAAAACGGCACUCUUCGCUCGACGUGGGUGAACUUGAACUGCCUGAUACUCUCAACACAUCCGGAACAGAGACAGACCAUGAUCUUGAGAAAAGAGGUCUUAUAAUGGGUGGUCUGACGCACGUCGUGAACCACAUAUUCGGAUCCAUUAAUCCAGGAGCAGCAGAUGCACUGGUUGCCAAGGUCACGGGUGAUGUCGAUGGCGUGCUUGCUGCCCUCCCCCUACCGAGCGUUGAACCGUCUUCGGGCGUGCCUCUAUUCACCAUUGGCCAGCCUACAAUGCCUCUGACAGCCCAACCUCAAUCGACUGGUGUUGAACUAGGCAAUCUCGCAGACAGGCUUGGGGGCCUUCUCAACGGCAUCCUGCCAGAGGAAGCAGCGGGCAUCAUCAAUUCAAUCACUGCGGAGGCUCUGAACGUCGUCGCUGCUGUCCAGGCCGUAGAGACAAGUGUUGCAGUACUGGGAAACGAAGUUGCCAGCAACGAGGUUCCACCACAGAACGCCCUCGACGCGAUAGGAGGGCUCAUCAGCGGCUUGGAUUCGCAGAUCCUCCACAUUGUUGAUGACAUCACUGGCCCUUUGACUUCGGCCAUCCCAAUACCAGUAGUGUCCGAACUCGCUGCGGCGAUCAAGGACGAGCUCGGUAACGUUGCUGGGAUCGUCGAUAAUCUGGUGCCGGAAGUCGGUCAACUGAUCGAACAGAACGUCUGUGGCCUUACCGCCCUAGUCGACGGCGUCCUCAAUACCGUCGCCGGCCUCUGUGAUGGCAUGUCUUCUGCUGUCUCCGAGGCUUCUACCGAGGCAACAUCUCCUGCUUCCAAUACGGCUGCUCCCAUGACUGUUGAACCGGCUCCUUCAAGCACCGCACUACCCGGCUCGGUGGACACGACUGCGGGUGGUACAACCGCUGCUGCCACUUCUGCUUCGCCGACAUUGCCCCUUUCGACGGGACCUAGCACUGGCGGCCAGGGCGCGGCCUCGACUACGCCUAACGUUGGUGGCAGUCCGACCACGCAAUCGAAUGCUCAGAACACCCAAGGCUCGAUCUCACCUGCCUCGUCUGCAGGUGGCGGUACAUUCCCCUUACCGUUACCCAGCGCUUUUUCUACUUCUGGUGGUGGUGGUACAUUCCCGCUGUCCAGCGCUUCUUCUCCCUCUGGAGGUGGUGGCACUUUCCCUCUAUCGACCGCUUCUUCACCCUCAGGAGGUGGCGGUACAUUUCCACUAUCCAGCGCUUCUUCUCCCUCAGGAGGUAGUGGUACAUUCCCGCUAUCCAGCGCUUCUUCUCCCUCUGGAGGUGGUGGCACUUUCCCUCUAUCGACCGCUUCUUCACCCUCAGGAGGUGGCGGUACAUUUCCACUAUCCAGCGCUUCUUCUCCCUCAGGAGGGGCCGGCACUUUCCCUUUGACGACGAGUGGUCCAUCUAAUGGUCAAUCUCCUGCUACUGGUGGUGGCGGCACAUUCCCUCUGUCGAGCUCGUCAAAUGCCCAGUCUCUUGCUACUGGAUCUUCUUCUGCUCCCACUGGAGGCGGCGGUACGUUCCCUCUAUCGACCUCGUCAAAUGGUCAGUCUUUUGCUACUGGAUCUUCUUCUGCCCCCACCGGAGGCGGCGGCACAUUCCCUCUAUCGAGUUCAUCGAAUGCCCAGUCUCUUACUACUGGGUCUGUUUCCACUCCCACUGGAGGUAGUUACACAUUUGCCCUUUCAAGUGCUUCGUCAAGCGGUCCGUCGAAUGGUCAAUCUCCUGCUGCCGGGUCUGCUUCUGCUCCCACGGGAGGCGGCGGUACAUCCCCCCUGUCGAGUGGUUCGUCGAGUGGUUCGUCCAACGGCCAGUCUCCUGCUACCGGGGGUGCGUCCGCUCCCACUGGAGGUGGUGGUACAUCCCCUCUAUCGAGCUCGUCAAAUGGCCAGUCUGUUACUACUGGGUUUGCUUCUGCUCCGGCUGGGGGUAGUUAUACAUUUUCUCUUCCCAGUGGUUCGUCAAAUGGUCCGUCGAAUAGUCAGUCUCCUGCUACAGGGUCUGCUUCUGCUCCCACCGGAGGUGUUGGUGCAUCCGCCCUUUCGAGUGGCUCGUCGAAUGGCCAGUCUCCUGCCACGGGAGGUGCCUCUUCUCCCACCGGAGCUGGUGAUACAUCCCCUCUGUCGAGUAGUUCGUCAAAUGGGCAAUCGCCGGCUACUGGAGGUGGUGGUGCAUCCCCUCUUUCGAGUGGUCCGUCCAACGGCCAGUCUCCUGCUACUUCAGGAUCAUCCCAGGCGAAUCCACAAGGUACAAACGGUCAGACGUCGGCUGUGCCCAACGCAGGUGGUACUGGUCAGUCAACGACGCCUAACACUGGUGGUAACGGUCAACCACCUAGUGCAUCUAAUGCUGCCGGUUCUGCGACACCAGGCGCCGCCACACCUACGGGUGCAUCGCCUACCGCAUUGAGUUCUCUUCCUUCCAUGACUGAUUCUGCACAGCCACGCGUCGUCGGGACGGCCACAGCAACUGGUGGUGGGGGUCCACAAACCUGCAACUGUCCCAAUGCUAGCUCUCCUGCUCCCUCGGGGAACCCGGGUGCUCAAGGUCCAUGCCCCGGCUCUGGCUACACUUGUGAUGAUUGCCUCGACGGGUGGUUCUGUCCACCACCGCAAACACCUGCGCAAGCAGCUCCGUGUGGUUACGGCUGGCCAUGUGCUCAUUGUGAUGGAGGUUGGUUCUGUGUCCCUAUGCCGACUCCUGCUCCUGGCACCUGUGCAGGUUCCAGCGGGCCAACAAGCAAUAGCCCUGGAACUAUCACAUCUUCGAUCCCUUCAUCCACCGUUACUAUAUCGCAACCCGGCCCCACCUCGCCACCGGGAGGUUCUGGAUCAAACUCACCACCACCAGUGACUCCUCAGAAAGCUUCAAACUGGGGUUAUUGCGGCUGCUGGAAUGAUCAACCAAACCAGAGAGCAUUAGGCGGAGACAACCGCGAUCUCGGCCCGCUCACCAAUCAAGACUGCGUACAGCACUGUAUGGGGCAGGGCUUCGUCAUGGCAGGUACGGAGAACGGCAACAGCUGCUACUGCGGUAACUUCUUGAACGGCACUGAGAGGGUCGAUGACAGCGUUUGCUCUGUACCCUGUUCGGGCGACAGCACACAAGCAUGUGGCGGUCCAAGUGCGCUCAGCUGCUGGAGCCAUAGCGGUGAGGCGUAUGGCUGGGCCAGUGCAGGGCCUCAGCCACUGGCUCCUACUGUCUCGCCUCCCACGGUAGCGUCACUGUUCAUCGGCGGCGUCGAGGAGACGGUGAUUACAACUCCGGCCAUCGUCUGGCCUGCGGGUGAUGAGAACGUGGCAGGGCUCCUCAGCAUCUAUGGACCACCUUCGCAACAACCGGAUGGUGACUUGCCGAGUGGUAUGAGUUUCCCUACACCGGUUGAUUCCACUGCCACCCCCCUGAACCCUCCGGGUGGCAACCCGACUUCAAUGCAGCCGUCAGUUACCUCUCCGCCUUCACCCGGUCAAGGAAGCCCACCGGGCGCAACAAGUCCAGAAAGCGGCGGUGGUACGGGCCCCAGCAACUUUGGCACAUCGAGAACGGCUCCUCGAGGCGGUACUGGUGCUGGAACAACCCCCGGCGGUGACACGACAGCCCCAUUGACAACUACCAGUGGUACUGUGCCGACCCCCAAUGGAAGCACUUCUCCCACAAGUGCCAUCAAUACGACUCCUGGGACGAGCUCAAACUCAUCUCCGAAUGGUAACGGUGGUGCUGCACCUGGACAAGGGACUACUCCCAACUCGAGUCUGAGCGGUGGAACGAGUUCUCCUCUUACAACGCCAACAUCGAAUACCAAUACUUCCCCAAUUACCCCAGGCGGCAACGGUCCAACUACCCCUGGAGUCAGUAUCCCAACGAGCCCUGGAGCCGGCGUCCCGACUUCACCUGGAGCCAGCGCCCAAACUUCCCCUGGAGCCAGUGGCCCGACUUCUCCUGGAGCCGGUUCUCAGAUUUCUCCUGGAGCCGGUGGCCCGACUUCUCCUGGAGCGAGCGCCCCGACUUCUCCUGGAGCCGGCACCCCAACUACACCUGGGGGAAGCUCAACCUCUACUCCCAAAAGUGCUGGCGGCACUGCAACUGGUCAAGGCAGUCCUCCCAACUCGACACCUUCAGGAGGAAUCACAAACCCGUCGACCACGACUCCUGGCAAUGACAUUAACCCGAGCGCCACUCCGACCAACAACGGUGGCAGUCCGGGAGGGCCUCUGGGUGGUGGCCCGCCGGGCCAAGGCCAGUCACCGUCAAACAGUGGAAACCCUGGACCAUCCCCUACUGGCAACGGUGGCAGCUCAUGCACAGCAGGUUCCAACGACCCAUCAUGCACCAACCCUGCCGGUGGUGGCCAGGGCCAGUCACCGUCGAACAAUGGAAACCCUGGACCAUCCCCUACUGGCAACGGUGGCAGCUCAUGCACAGCAGGUUCCAACGAUCCAUCGUGCACCAACCCUGGUGGUGGUGCAAGUGGUCUGACUCCUUCGUCUCCGGGGCAAGGCACGGCUACAACGCCGAAUGGACCAUCUACAAGUCCGGCCGGUAACGGUGCCGGUGGUAUGGCACCAGGUCAACAGAGUCCAAGCUCGAGCCCAACGGCCACGACUUCAGGCCCAUCCACUACAUCGAGCCCGAAUGGUGCCGGCGGGGCAGCACCAGUUCCCUUGACGACGGCCCCCCAGGCAUCUUUUACCUUUCCACCUGGUGUCGUUCCAUACGGCCCCCCGUUGAUGACCACAUUGGCAUCGAUGAUUGCUUGGAAAUUACCCGAUGGUGAGCAAGGCAGCCCAACAAUGCUUCAUCACGACUUGAAAUACAUCGAGGAAGAUACGCGCGGGAUGCCCUACCUCGAGGAAACUUCUACUACCGCCGCUCCCAUGUCCAUGUGGCAUGCAAGAUGGGACCGGAUGCGACCUGUCCCUGUGUGGUAG